AAACACUUGUGCACCACAGGCUCUUGAAGAACAUACGUACGUGUCAUGUAGACCUAACAAGAGAUAUGCAAAGGUCUCAAAAUGAGAGUUCGAGAGGGAAUUUUAACAGUAUCCAGGUGAUGUUAGACCUUCAGGAAACUGCUGACUGCAACCAGUCACAGACUGAAAUAAACAGUAUGAAAAUGAUGGGCUUUCCGUUGACCAGUCAAAUAGUUACGACGUCAGUGAAUGGAAGUUUAGUAAACUCAGUGUGCGUCCGAGAUUCUAUCACAAAGAUUGUUCAAACGAAUCGCGUCUUGAGCCAAAACCCUAUUGCUGACUCUAAAAAAUCUAAGUCAACGGAGAAAAGCCAACAUCCAGGAAUUACUGCAGGCAAGCUAGCCAAGAAAAAGAAAACUAGGACAACUUUCACCGUGUUUCAACUCCAAGAACUUGAAAGAGCAUUCCAGAGGGCGCCGUAUCCAGAUGUCUUUGCUCGUGAAGAACUCGCUCUCGGUUUGAAUCUUAGUGAGUCACGAGUUCAGGUUUGGUUUCAGAACCGACGAGCUAAAUGGCGAAAGAGGGAGCCACCGCGUAAAACAAACUAUUUACAAACUGGUUCCACCACAACUUUGGGAAUAGCAUACCCGACAACAACACCUCCUCUAAACAACAAUGUUAUUGAUAACUGGGGAUAUGGAACGUCUCCUUACGACUUCGAUUUCCAAACACCGUAUUUUUCUACUCCGUACACCGGGUUUUCAAACAACUCUCAUUCAAACCUGACUUCUAACACCGCCAGUGCGAGUUACUACAACACGAUGGUGCAAACUCAAUCCAUGAACAUGACAGAAGCUUUGAUACCAACCUACCAUUUAUCUCCCACAUCAGACAUUCACCAGAAAACUCUUAUUUCGACAUCUCAUCAAGGACCUCUCUCCCCAUCUUUAGACAAGAAAAACAUAGUAUUGGAUCAGUCAGAAAAUGCAGUCUUGGAACCUCAAAGGUUGACUUCCUUAUCUCAUUUAUUGCUGAAGACAAAAGACAAUACCAUGCCUUCUUCAACGUUUAUGGAAGUUUUUCUUAAAUGAACUUACUGCAAUUUACAGUACAACACGUUUAUUAGCUUUAUUCGUUUCUUAAAAAAGUUACAAAAACAUAAUAGUAAUGUUUUUCUAUCUUCAAUAAUUGGUAUGAUAAAAGGUAGCAUUUUUUUAAUUUUUUCACUGAUAUUUGUAGUUUGCCUUGAAAAAAAUAUAUGAACAUCAAUGAUGUUAUAUAUUUCCUCUAUACAUUCUAAUUAUAAAAUGUAUACAUUAUGCGGUAAUAUGUAGUUUCCAUUUGUUGCAUAAAAUGCAAUCAGACAACUAUUUUAAUGGAAACAUUUUGAAGCGUUUGUGACCAACAAACUCAAAGCUGUUUCACUGCUACAAAGACUAUUGUAGAGGAGGAUGAAAGAUAGAUGAAAGUUUCGAAAAUUGCCAAAGAUGUAGGAGAGCCUAAUUUUCUAACAAAUACUAUUUCUUUAACUUCCUAAGAACUGGAUUUAUUAUCUGUAUUGGUUAAACGUAUUUUUUUUUCUUAUUGUAAACUAAUAUCUAAAUAUUUACAACCAUCCACAGAUAAAAGUAGAAAGAAAAACUUGUAAGUCCAAUAUUUGACAAACGAAAUAUAAAACACAUCACGAGCGUCCAAAUCGUCUAUAGUGGUAUUAGUCCUGAUUUGAAAAGGGGAUAAAACAUUAUGGAUAUAUUAUUUAAAAUUGGUUUACGCGUCCACUACUUAUUAUGAGGCUUCACCCAUAUUUGUUAAAAUACUGUUUAUUUUGAGGCUUCACCAAUAUUUGUUAAAAUUCUGUUUAUUAUGAGGCUUCACCAAUAUUUGUUAAAAUACUCUUCAUUACGAGGCUUCACCAAUAUUUGUUAAAAUGCUGUUUAUUAUGAGGCUUCACCAAUAUUUGUUAAAAUAUUGAAGAAUACAACUCAUUCGGAUAAUAUAUGACGUGUUUUUAUCACAGAGACAUGUGGUACUAAGGCACCGAAUGUUCCUUGUUAGUUGAUAAAGUGAAGAUAAAUAAGUUUCUAAAGUUACAUACUAACAAUACAUGUCAGACUUUAAACUACUUAUUUCAUAGUUCUUGUACAUCUGUGUUAUAUGUAUAUACUAAUAAUAAAGCAAAAACGAGAUAGUUGGGCUUCGUUAGAUGAGGAAAGGUUUUUAAGUAAAAUUCUAAAUUGUUAGACUUUAACUAUAAACAAUAGAGAAUUUAGUGAAAAUUUCAAAUUUAAUUUUGAAAGAAGUAAAUUGAUUACAUGGCAUAAGAUACUUUUAAAAUAGUUGUUUUGUUAUUUAAACUGUUUGAAAAAAGUACCAAGAAGGAACAUUGCUUUGUUGAAUCUUAACAGUUCAUAAAUUAACACAUUUCUUCGAACUGACUAUAUAUCUAAUUAUGAAAACGGUGGGUUAAGAUUAGAGAAAUCGUAGGUUCCGAAUAAUAGCACAGAUGUUUAUUCAUAGUCGUGUAUAUAAAACUGUUACGUUUCAUCACUUUAUUACCUUAAACAUUUUAAUCUGUUAUGUCUAAAGGUAGUAGUCCCUAAGUACCUUCCUCUUCACAUUAAAGUCAUAUUAAAGUGAA